AUGUUUCAGAUUGUCAACUUCGCCACCAUCUGCCAAGCCAUCGACGUCUUCGGGACGGUCACCAACAUCAUUAACUUGAUCGUCUUCUACAAGCUUGGGUUCAACGACCCCGUCAACGUCAGCCUGUUCGGCCUGGCCCUCUCCGACCUCGGCUGCCUGGUCACACUCAUCUGGCUCAACACUUGCUUCAACCCACUCUUCAACCAGUCCGACAUCCCGUUCGACGCGCUCGAAGUCCAGUACCUGACAGCGGGCUGGCCCCAUGUGAGUUUCACCAGAGUCACCAGCUGGAUAACGGCGUGUAUCACCCUCGAGCGCUGCUUGUGUAUAACCCUACCUUUACAGGUGAAAACGAUCGUCACCCCACGGCGUGUCGCCCUCAUCGUCCUGGGGAUCUUUUUCAUCAUGGUGGUCAGCACACUUCCGGUCUACUACUGCAAUCGGUUUGCGUGGAAAUUCUACCCGGACAGGAAUAGAACCCUGAUCGGUCUCGUCUUCACCGAGGACAGGGAGGCCAUCGAGAAGGUUUUAUUCGCCAUCAACAACGUCUUCAUCCCCUUUUCGGCGUUCGGCGCGGUCAUCAUAUGCACGGUGGUUCUGGUCGUGAAACUGAAACAGAAAACAAAAUGGCGCAAGACGUCAACGGCUCCGGGAAAAUCCGAUAACGUGUCGAGCCGAGACCAGAAGGUGUCCCGCAUGAUCGUCAUGGUGUCGACUCUGUUCAUCGUCUGCUUCACGCCGAUGACGGUGUUCUUCGUGGGGAUGAUCGUGGUACCGGAGCUCUCCAUCGUCGGCACGUACAGAAACAUCUUCUUCAUCAUUUCGUCCUUUUCUUUUAUUUUAGAGUCCACAAAUUCAUCGCUCAACAUUUUUAUCUACUACCACAUGAGCAGCAGGUACAAGGCUGUCUUUAACCAACUC